UCCUUGGAGCAAUUUCAUGGAGUUUGAUGGCAACAAUUGUGGAUGACAAGUACAGUGCAGCGCUCUCUAUUAUUCUUGGAUCUCUUGCAGUUGCCUUCUCUGAUGUUGUGGUUGAUUCUAUGGUUGUUGAGAGAGCUCGGGGUGAGUCACAGAGCACAUCUGGAUCUCUCCAGUCACUGUGUUGGGGAUCUUCAGCCUUUGGGGCAAUUGUGAGCGCAUACUUCAGUGGUUCUCUUGUGGAUACUUAUGGUGUAAGAUUUGUCUUUGGUGUUACAGCAUUUUUACCCCUGAUGACAUCUGCUGUUGCAGUUCUUGUAAAUGAAAAGCGUUUGCCUACUGAGGAACGUUCCAUCUCACUUUCAAGUUCAAGCACAAACAAGAUUGGAUUCACUCCAGAGUUUCUAGGGCGUGUCACACUCGUUACAUCUGUUGCAUCCUUGCUGGGCGUCGGAAUAUAUAAUUCGUUCCUGAAGGCAGUUCCACUAAGAAAAAUCUUUCUUGUGACAACAAUUUUAGGUUCUGCCCUUGGAAUGACACAGGUUCUUCUUGUCACUGGGCUCAAUAGGAAGCUGGGGAUAAGUGAUGAAUGGUUCUCCAUUGGGGAUUCCUUGAUUCUCACAGUCCUUGGUCAGGCUUCCUUCAUGCCCGUGUUGGUGUUGGCUGCGAGGUUGUGUCCCCUGGGAGUGGAAGCGACGUUGUUCGCCACCCUGAUGUCCAUUUCGAACGCGGGAAGUGUCGCUGGCGGUCUGGUGGGCGCGGGCCUAACUCAGUUUCUGGGUGUCACAAGGGACAACUUCGACAAUCUGGCUCUGCUGAUCGUGAUCUGCAACCUCAGCUCCCUGCUGCCUCUGCCUCUCCUGGGCCUCCUUCCAGAUGGAUCACCAGAUGCUGAUAAUCGGCAAACUAAAGUUGAUUGA